AUGAGAUAUAUUUUUGGUGAAUGGAAUGAUACAGAAUCAUUAAAGUCGAGAAUCAUCGUUUCUGCUGGUGGUGCUGGGUCUGCAUACUAUGCUAACUUUCCGCAAGGUGGACAUGGAGGUGCAAUAACUGGUUAUCAAGGAAUUCAGCAUAGAACUGCCUCAUCUGCAUACUACCUAACCAAUUCUAUUGGUGCUACCAAUGUAUUAGGGGGAAUUUCCGGUUUGUCAAAUUAUAAAAACCAUAACAUGACUAUGAAUGGGUCGUUUGGAAUUGGCGCCUUACCUUAUGAUGUGAAUUAUGGGUCGGGAGGUGGGGGAGGUUAUUAUGGAGGAGGAGCAGGAAAUGUUGUUAAUGAUUGUGUUGGAUCUGGGUCAGGAGGAUCUUCUUUCAUCUCUGGUUAUAAAGAUUGUGAUGCUAUCGCAAAAGAAUAUACAUUAGCGAAUCCGAUACAUACAGGAACACCAUACCAUUACUCUGGUUAUGUUUUCUCAAAUCCAACCAUGAAAGAUGGUGUUGCAUCUAAAUAUACUGGCAAUGGCCAAGCUCGAAUUACUGUCCUUUUUGAAAAUUAUUUGCAGUUACAAAAAAGUUCUGUUCAUCAUUAUUCGAUGCAUCAAUUUAAUUUUUAUUUCUUCAUCUUUAUCUUUAUCGAUAGUUAA